UUGUAUUUAUCUAAGUUUGAGAGUUUUUUUAUUUUUUAUUUUUUGUGUGAUAAACACUCCAAGUUCAAAGUUGAAACUUGAAACACCGAUCCGACCACUAUCGAUUUGACGAUUACGCUCUGUCCGUUAAUCUCGCACCAAAAAGCUAGGGUUUGAGUCUCUUAAUUUUCUGUGAAAAGUACCCUUUCAUCACCGGGCCAUGAACUGCGAAGUUUGCCAACUCAAAGAAUUGGAAGUGGAGCACUACGAGAUACGGGAAGUUCUACGGUCAUUGAAGGAUGUGAUGUCUAACCAGAAUAAAAUAUUAUUCAUUUGGUGUAAGACUUUAUUUCUUCUGCAUACUUUGCUACGGACGAAACUAUAAAAAGACUCAGAAGAUGGACGGAUCUAGCAUACUACACACGAUAGUGUUUCAUCGGGCUUUAGGUCUAGUGCGUCCCAAAGAUAUUGAUUUGGAACUCUUUGAUAUUACAUAUGUUCAAUGUGGAGAUGAGGACCUUGAAAAGAAAAUAGAAGAGAAGAUUGAGCAGUUCAUCGGUUGGGUAGAGAAACACCCAAACAAAAAGAGUCAGAUAUGCUUAUCUUUCUAUGAGGUGAAAAACAGACAGCCUUCUUGGUUCACUAAUAAAAUUGAACGCCUAUAUUGGGAACAAUGGUAUGUCAAUUGGAAUGUGGCCCAACAUCCCAAAGCACAUUCUAGCAAGUCUCAUCAUUCCAAAGUUGUACUUGAUCCAGGAGAGAGUGCACUGGAGGAGACAAAUGCUCGCAGAGCAGCACUUGAAGCAUCUCUCCGCGAGGCAUUGUUUCAAAUCAUAAAAUUUGUGAAUGAGAAGAAGGAUCAUGUUCCUCCCAUACCAAAUCCCGAAGGUGUUGUCUAUUUUCCCUAUGAAAUCACUAUCCCAAGUUCGUCAGAUUCGACAUUUGGAAUGGACAUGAUCAAGAGGAUGCUCCAAACUGGGCAUCCGACCAUGCUGAGCUGAUUAUCAAACUUAACAAGCUAUAGCACGUAUUCUCUUCGUGUGCCAGUAGGAUGGAUUCUGACGUUCAUGAUGUCUCAAAACAUAUACAUAUGAAGUGGUUGCAAGAAGCUUCUCUAUCCAGAAAAGUUUCACGGCUCUGAACAAGAAGUGAAUCCUUGCUACGCUUAUUAGUGUUCGUAAUUAUUUUCCCUGAAUUACCCCACUUUUCCCAUUUGCUUUUCCAUUUCUUAUAGUUUCUUUUACAUACUGAAAUGAUACCAGUUUGGUCAAACCAGGACCAUGGAGAUUGUCACAUAUUAUUGGGCAAAUUAAGGAUUUGCUGUAUAAUUCGAGGCAUUUUUCUUUUCUGUUUUUCA